AUGCAGCAUCUCUUGAGAGUCUCUCACGUGACCAGUUGAACUUGGAAGAAAAGACUAUAAAUCAACUAAUAUCUGUUUGUAAUGAAUAUAAUAUUUCUUAUCAACAAAUUCUUUAUGCAUUCUUGAGUUUGAAGAGAGUAUGGACUUUGCAAGGCAUCAAGGAGCUGUACUCUGCACCACACAAGGGAAUCCAAGAAUACUACAGUGCUCUGCAUAUUUUGAUGACGCUCAAGCACCAACUACAAACUUCUGUAUUCCCAGUAACACUUGAACUGGCAACACCUACAUUAGCAACACCUGUCAGCAUCAGAGGAGUGUUAAAGCAGAGCGUUGCAUCUGCCAGGGUAGACAUGACCAAGUACCACAGUGUUCUGAUACAUGUGGCUGGGCUGUUGCACCUGGUACUAGACCAGGUACCUGAAGUCAUCACAUACGAAGUUGCUCGUCUCCUACAUGAGUCUGGCAUGAAGAACAAUGACCACUGGCUCAACGUCCUAGAGAACACCAGAUGUAAUGAAAACAUUGCUAAGGCAAUAGCUCCCUUCAUCAGCACUGGAAAUAUUUAUAUUAAUGAUCAUAGGACAAUGAGUUGUUACACAGCUCUUCUUCCACACCUCACCCCAUCUAAGGUGCACAUUAAUAUCUCUGGUGAACGUGCUGACAUGCCUGGCCUACUGGACCUGCUGGCCAUCAUUGCUCAACACCACCUCUUCUCACCCCUAGAACUCCAUCACUGCUGUGACACCACCACCGCCACCACUACCGCCAUCACCGCCACCACUUCUGAUGCCAUCCUGCAGCACCUGCAACCUCAG